ACGCCUUCCCUUUUCUCUUUCAUCCCUUUUCUUCAUUUUUCUUCUCUCCCUCCCCCCAUCUCCGCCGCUUUCUCCUCCAACCUCCGAGAAGGAAGAAAUCGAGGGAAAGGGAAGAAAAAUGUCGUGAACGGAAGGAGAAAAGCGGAGGGGGUUUUAAUGCAAUGCAGAUUCUCCGGAUUGUGUUCCCAAUGUGAUGAUCUAAACCCUACGAUUUUGGGUUCCUGUUCUUUCUUUCUUCUGGUUUACGACCCACAGGCGGACGGGACUUUGCCUUCUUUUUCCUCUCUUGGAUUCCUAAGGAAUAUCGAAAUAUGAGGGAACCCCAUUUUGGGCGUGGGGUUUUCCUCUUCGUUUUGACGUCGUUUUUGGGAUUCUACGUUGUUUGGGCUCAGCCGAGUGGCGGGGAUGGGGAUGGUUCAGUGAUGGUUAUUUUGAGGACUAGUAUCGGAGCCCCGGCGUCUCUUGGAUGGUCUGGUUCCGAUUACUGUCAAUGGAAGCACGUGAAAUGCGAUUCUGAGAACCGGGUCGUCAAAAUUCAAAUUGGGAACCAAAACCUCAAAGGGUCGCUGCCGUCGGAGCUCUUCAGCCUCUCGGCAUUAGUGCAAUUAGAGGUGCAGGGGAACCAGCUGAGUGGGCCGUUCCCUAAUCUUGCCGAAUCACUGCAGAUACUUCUAGCGCAUGACAACCUUUUCACUUCCUUGCCGGCGGAUUUCUUCGCGAAGAAGUCGACUCUGCAAAUGAUAGAAAUCGACAACAAUCCUUUCUCCGCCUGGAAAAUUCCUGAUAACAUUCGAGACGCUUCUGGGCUACAGGAAAUAUCUGCCAAUCGCGUCAAUAUAACUGGUACAAUCCCUGAUUUUUUCGAUGGCACGACGUUUCCGACUCUUAGGAACUUGCAUUUGUCGGGUAAUUUUCUUGAAGGCGGAUUGCCAGCAAGCUUUUCGGGUUCGUCGAUUCAGUCGCUUUGGUUGAAUGGACAACAGAGUAACUUUAAGUUGAACGGUUCCGUUGCCAUAUUGCAAAACAUGACUAAUCUGCAGGAGAUUUGGUUGCACACGAAUCAAUUUUCAGGUCCUUUGCCGGAUUUCUCCAACCUUCAGGGAUUGCAGAACUUGAGUUUGAGGGAUAAUCAGCUUACGGGUAUUGUUCCUCCGUCCUUGGUAAAUUUGAAAUCCCUCGUGAUUGUGAAUUUGACGAAUAAUAUGCUUCAAGGACCCGCCCCUGUUUUUGAUCGUAAUGUUCAGCUGGACAUGAGACCAGGAACCAACAACUUUUGCGUGGAUUCUCCGGGUGUCCCUUGUGAUCCUCGUGUGAAUGCUUUGUUAUCAGUUGCACAGUCGAUGAAUUUUCCGACAGUCUUCGCAAAAAACUGGAAAGGGAACGAUCCUUGUAAUUUCAAAGGUGUAGUAUGUAUUGGCAACUCCCCUGUAAAUGUUACAGUUCUUAACUUUAGGAAUCUGGGUCUUGCGGGCACUAUUUCUCCUAGCUUUUCAUUGCUUACAUCUGUGACAAAGUUGCUUCUCUCUGAUAAUUUACUCUCUGGCGUGAUUCCAACCGAGCUUGUGACUAUGCCUAGUCUUGUAGAAUUAGAUGUCUCCAAUAACAGACUUCAUGGUAAAGUGCCAAGCUUCAGGAAAAAUGUGAUUGUGAACACAGAUGGGAACCCCGAUAUUGGGAAAGAUAGACGCAGUACUCCCCCACCAGGUUCUCCCACUGAGAAAUCGCCCUCCGAUCCUGGAUCGGGCGGUUUACCUGUUGAUGUUGACAAGAAAAGUAAUAGUGGAGUGGUAGUUGGUUCUAUAAUUGGUGUUAUUGGUCUAGUACUAGUUGGGGCUGUGAUUUUCUUUUUGUACAGGAGAAAUAAAAGGCGUAGUAGUAGAGUUCAGAGUCCAAAUACUGUGGUGGUACAUCCUAGUCAUUCUGGGGACCAAAAUGCAGUGAAGAUAACAAUUGCAGAAUCUAGAGCCGAUGGGAACGCGCCUGAAACCGGCAGAGUUCCAAUUGGUGGACCUAGUGAUGUCCAUGUGGUUGAGGCAGGGAAUAUGGUAAUCUCGAUUCAAGUUUUGAGGAACGUAACAAAUAAUUUUAGCCCAGAAAAUAUAUUGGGGAGUGGGGGUUUUGGAACGGUUUAUAAGGGGGAGUUACAUGACGGUACAAAGAUUGCUGUGAAGAGAAUGGAGUCUGGAGUCAUAGGUGAGAAGGGUUUGAAUGAAUUCAAGGCUGAGAUUGCAGUUCUUACCAAGGUCCGCCAUAGGAAUUUAGUCGCGCUUCUUGGGUAUUGCUUAGAUGGAAAUGAGAGGCUUCUCGUUUAUGAAUACAUGCCCCAGGGAACUCUUAGUAGGUUUCUGUUUUACUGGAAAAAGGAAGGGAUCAAUCCCCUUGAAUGGAAAAGAAGGCUGAUUGUUGCCUUGGAUGUGGCCAGAGGUGUUGAGUAUUUGCAUAGUUUAGCACAUCAAAGCUUUAUCCAUCGCGAUCUUAAACCCUCAAACAUUCUUCUCGGAGACGAUAUGCGGGCCAAAGUAGCUGACUUUGGGUUGGUUCGUCUUGCUCCCGAAGGGAAAGCAUCAGUUGAAACAAGACUUGCAGGAACAUUCGGUUAUCUUGCCCCGGAAUACGCAGUAACGGGACGGGUUACAACCAAGGUUGAUGUCUAUAGUUUUGGGGUGAUCCUGAUGGAGAUGAUAACCGGUAGAAAAGCACUCGACGAUAGCCAGCCAGAAGAGUGCUUGCACCUUGUAUCAUGGUUCCGCAGAAUGCACAUCAACAAGGAUACUUUCCCAAAGGCCAUAGACCCUUCAAUCCACCUAGACCAGGAGACGCUUGGCAGCAUCAGCACUGUUGCGGACCUGGCUGGCCAUUGCUGUGCAAGGGAGCCAUACCAGCGCCCCGACAUGAGUCAUGCAGUCAACGUGCUUUCGUCUCUAAUCGAUGUCUGGAAACCUACAGAACCAGACUCUGAAGAGGUACUCGGAAUUGAUCUCGAGAUGUCAUUACCGCAGGCACUCAAGAAAUGGCAGGCAUUUGAAGGAAACAGCAACAUGGAUGCGUCGUCCUCUUCAUCAUCCUUCCUUGCCAGUGGAGACAACACACAAACCAGCAUCCCAAACCGACCUUCUGGGUUCGCAAAUUCAUUCACCUCCGUCGAUGCACGCACUCGUUAGAACUUUAGAAGAAAUGAAGAAAAGAGGCCUAAUUUAUCAUAUGUACCCUUUUAUUGUAAGUAGUUUUCAAUAUUACCCCAUUGCAUUUAUUUAUUUUUUGCAUGGUAUUGUCAAAAUAUUGCAAAAUAAAACCCCAAACAUAAUACUGUGUUAUUAAUAUCAAAA